GCUAAAAGUUCUUUAGCUAAUUCUCCUGGCUUUUGAGAAUGCCUAAUAAAUGGAACAAAUUAAACAAGAUCUCUUUCAUGCUAAGCAUCAUCCCCAUCUAAUUAUUCCAUCAUAUGAAAAUUAGCAUUUCCAAUCCCAACUAUAAUAAUAGAUAAUGGUAAUCGAUAAGCCUUUUUAAUAAGUUUUAAACAAUGACUCAUAUCAUCUAUAAGUCCAUCUGUCAUUAUAAGCAAAACUGAAUAAAUAUCUUUUUUAAGAUUAGCCUUAGAAAUAUCUAAAGCAUUUUCAAUAACUGGACCAAAAAUAGUUGGACCACUUAAACUUAUAUGAUUUAAGGCAUUUUGAUAGGUAUUCAUUAUACUAUCCAAUCC